UUUCUCUCUCGUUUUAUAUGCCGCGUUCACGUAAUAGUUGGAACUAGGAAACUCAGAAAUGUAGGACUAGUAGCUAUACAAGUACUGUGUUCAACGAAUCAGCAAGGGGGCUCGCAGGUAGCCUAGUAGUUAGAGCGCUCGAAUCCCGAGAUGACAAGGUAAAAAUAUGUCGUUCUGCCCCUGAACAAGGCAGUUAACCCACUGUCCAGGGGCCAAAUAUGCCUCUCCGACAUAAGGAAUCACGUUAGCUCUAUUCACGGCAUUUCUAUCUGCAACGUUCGAAAACGUUUGUCAACUGAACGUGGCCUUGGGACGCUGGAUGAAACGUUUUGAGAGAAAGCCGACGUCAUGUGUAGGCGUGGCGUGUGCCAGCGUGCCGGGUGUGCCUAGAGAAACCCACAGCAGAACAGUAAAUCCAGUCUGGCCACCACGUUAACGUUUUAGUGGAAUUUAGCCUACAUUUUGCUCAACGUUACCCUCUGCUACUAGUUAAAAAGGGAUUAAUUAAUAGCAGGCUAUUUGAGAGGAUAAGUUUGUCAUUUACCUGCCCGACGGAAAAGCUGCACAGCAUCUCUCAAAUCGGGGUGAGGUGUGCGCUCUCUCUCUCGGACGGAUGCCGAGGCACCGCUGCCGUAGUGGAUGAGAACCAGUCAACCAGAAACGUUUGACAUCUCUGUCGGAGCCCCAAACAGACAAGGCUACCUCCCACUUGAUGACAGACAACAUUUAAGACAGACAGGGAUCCCCAGCCAGUGAUGUAGAUGAGGAUGAUGAAGGCACAUAGGGAAGGCUGUGUGGGGAGGAAGUACAGCGCUUGAGUCCACUUCCUCAUCCACUCUGAGCCGUACCUUCUAAUUGGGCGGACGGAGCACGAUGUCAUCGACCACGCACACCUCAGCCCCGCAUCCCAAGAAGACGCGCGGGAAGGAGAGGACUGAGGUCAUGGGCGACUUUGCGCAGACAGCCAAUGAGGAGUUUCGGAACAAGCUGAUGGACAUCCAGAUAGAACUGCAGCAGGAGAAGGGCAAGGUCUCUAAGCUGCGAGAGCGUCUCCAGGAGCAGAGGCAAGCCAGGGAACUGGAACAACACAAACACACGGUGGUCCUCACCGACCUCCGCGCCAAACUGCACGAGGAGAAGCUCCGCGAGCUGGCCGCCGCCCGCGAGGCGUUGGCACGGCAACACGAGUUGGAGCUGGCGCGUACCAUUAAGAUCCGCGACGGGGAAGUGCACCGGCUGCAGGGGCUGGUCCACGCACUGAGGGACGGGGCUGCGGACAAGCUGAAGAGUGCCCUGCUAGGGGAGGCCCGGGAGGAGGCCAGGAGGUCCUUCGAUGGGGAGAGACUCAGACUACAGCAGGAGGUCCUGAAGCAGGAGACGGCACGGAAGCAGGUUGAGGAGGCUCUGUCUAACACGCUGCAGGCAGACAAGGCCAAAGCAGCCGACCUCCGAACAGCCUACCAGCAGCACCAGGAUGAGAUCAACCGCAUCAAGAGAGACUGUGAGAGAGACAUCCGCCGGGUGAUGGAUGAGCUGAAGGGGAAGGACCGUGUGGUGUCAGCGUUGGAGAGGGAGCUGGGGGUGCAGGCUGGUUAUGCCCAGAAGCUCCAGCUGCAGAAGGAGGCUCUGGAUGAGCAGCUGGGUCAUGUCAGGGAGGCAGAGAGGCAUCACGGCAGCCCCAAGAGAGAGGUGGUCCCUGCCCUGGGGGACACCUCUGACUACCUCAACAACCAGGAGGUAGAAGAUCUUCGGGAUGCGAGGAGGUUCCAGCUGAAGAUAGCUGAGCUCCACUCUGUUACCAGGAAGCUGGAGGACAGAAACACCCUGCUGGCAGAUGAGAGGAAUGAACUGUUGAAGCGGGUGCGUGAGUCAGAGAGUCAGAUGAAGCCACUCUUAGAUAAAUAUAAGAGGAUGUCGAAGAAGAACAAUGAUCACCUGCAGACUCUGCAGCGCAUGGAGGAGAAACUCAAGAACCUCAGCAGAGAGAACGCAGAGAUGAAGGAGAAUGUGCACUCUCGUUCCCAGCAGCCUCAGCCCCAGCAGCUGAAGAGGCCUACCUCACUGACAGACCUAAGUCAGGCCCACGAGGAACAGGAAGUAGAGUUCCUUAAGCUGCAGUUUGCCGAGCAACAAGGCAUCAUCGACGAGCUCACGCAGGAACGUGACAGACUGAUGCUCUGCAAAAAGAACCGAAGAAAACCCCUCAAGCUACCACCUAAAAGGCAUGUUGUGGAGACAUAUUUUGGAUUUGAUGAGGAGUCUGUGGACUCUGAGACGUCGUCUCUGACCUCUUACAACACUGACCUCACAGACUUCACCCCUGCCACGCCCGAGGAGGACCUGGAGGACGGUGUCUCUCGUGAAGAGUCAGAGCUGCGCUUCAGACAGCUGACCAGAGAGUACCAGGCUCUCCAGCGGGCCUACGCCCUUCUACAGGAACAGACUGGGGGGUCACACGAUGCUGAGAGAGAGGCCAGGAACCGUGAGCAGCUGCUGGCGGACCUGAUUGGGUGCCAGGCGAAGAUCGCCGACCUGGAGAAGGCAUUGGCUGAGAGGGGGCAGGACUCUAAGUGGGUGGAGGAGAAGCAGUACCUCAUCAGGACCAAUCAGGAGCUCCACGACAAGAUGUGUGUGUUACAGCAAGCUGAGUGGAAGCUGCAGGCGGCGGUGCAGGACACGAGGGACCAGAAUGAGCUGCUGGAGUUCAGAGUGCUAGAGCUGGAAGAGAGGGAACACAGGCUUCCAGCCAUGGGAUUCCACAUGACUACGUUCCCAGAGAACAGCAACAGUGCUCUGCAGAUCUUCUGUCACCAGGAGGGCAUCAAGGACGUGGUUAUUCCAGAUCUGAUGAAGAAACUGGAUAUCCUGGGAGAUAAUGGGAACUUGCGUAACGAGGAGCAGAUUGUUGUCAUCCAGGCGGGGACGGUUCUGUCAAUGUGUGAGAAGUGGUUAAAACAAAUAGACGGCACAAAGGCAGCCUUGACCCAGAAGAUGAUUGACCUGGAGAAUGAGACGGACCAGUUCUGUAAGCAGAAGGGUUUCAUGGAGGAGGAGCUGGACUACAGGAAGCAGGCCCUGGAUCAGGCCUACAUGAGGAUCGCAGAGCUGGAGGCUACUCUGUAUAGUGCUCUGCAGCAGGAGCCGGGGGGCCGUGCGGUCGCAGAGUCUCUGUCGGACAGGCAGCGGGAGGAGCUGGGGCUAGCCGUGGACAAACUGCGGAGACAGAUACUCAGGCAGAGCCGCCAGUAUGACAGUCAGAUCUUACAGGAGCGCAUGGAGCUCCUACAGCAUGCCCAGCAGGUAAGGAAAAGCCUUAACCUGCCGCCGCCACAGAGCAAAGAUGCGGUAUCCCUCCUGCUUGUGUGUGUGUGUUUGUGUUUCCUUGUAUUUUGUGUAUUCCACCAAACCUCAACAUUUCACAGAAGUCCUAUCCUUAUUCUAUUAGUCUUUAUGCUCCUAACCUCAACAUGACACUACUAACCUCAACAUGACACUACUAACCUCAACACAACACUCCUAACCUCAACACGACACUCCUAACCUCAACAUGUCGCUCCUAACCUCAACAUGACACUCCUAACCUCAACACGACACUCCUAACCUCAACAUGACGCUCCUAACCUCAACACGACACUCCUAACCUCAACAUGACACUCCUAACCUCAACACGACACUCCUAACCUCAACACGGCACUCCUAACCUCAACAUGACGCUCCUAACCUCAACACGACACUCCUAACCUCAACACGACACUCCUAACCUCAACACGACACUCCUAACCUCAACACGACACUCCUAACCUCAACAUGACACUCCUAACCUCAACAUGACACUCCUAACCUCAACACGACACUCCUAACCUCAACACUCCUUGCUUCAGAAACUAACCAUCAACUGUCUAAUCAAUAACACAAUAGGAGUUUACUAAAGACAUCAAUUAUAAUAGAACAUUCUCCAUAACCGACUCUUCAUUGGUCUCUCCUCCACCAGCCCUGCUGGGUGCAAUACAGGAUCUCAACCUAAUCCCGUCCCCCAAAAACAGCUAUUUUCCAGGCCCUGCCUCUCCUCUGGCUGACUCAGCCUCCCGUGGUUAUGAUCUAAGCAGCUUUUAGGGUUCAGGUCAGCCACGAGAAUGUGAUCAGUGUGGUUCCAGUGUUUCUAGUGUUUCAUACUUACCAGUGGACUGGUUUGCUUCCAGUGAAGGUUUUGGAUUUCACGCUUGUCUGAGUCUGUCUCAUACAGGGUUUAAAGGAGAGGAAAGGAGCAAUGGAAGUGUGCAUGUGUGUGUAGCCAGGACCAAAGGUCAGUCAACAAAUCAGCUCAUGUGGUCUGAACAAAGAUUCACCAUUGUUCCACUUGCUCGUUGUCAUGACAGCAUGAUUUUUUUUUAUUUGACGCUCUGCAACAGCUGCCAUGGUAACAUGGGAGUAGGGCAACUUCUGGGAAUACAUGUGGAAAGGGUUGUCACUUUCAUUAGCAACUGUUUAACAACCACAACCAUGUAUUUGUUCUACUUGUAAACUAUAAUACAGAGCCUGUGGUCAGUAGGAGGUUGA